GAAGAAGAAGAAGAAGAAGAAGAAGAAGAAGAAGAAGAAGAAGAAGAAGAGAUAGCUCACGAAAAGCAGAAGCGGUAGGGGCUAGAAGGCUUUGCCAGUGGCGUUAUAACCACCCACCGACUAGUUUUGCCCGGCAACUCAAAACGACUAGCACGUCGUCGUCGUCGACGUCGUCGUCGUUGUCGUCGUCGUCUUCGUCUUCGUCUUCGUCUUCAUCGUCUUCAUCGUCUUCAUAGUCAUCGUUGUAGUCAUCGUUAUAGUCGUCUUCGUGCCGAAGCUUUUCUCGGUGUUGUGUACAGCAUCGACGAAAACGUCGAAACUUAUCGACCAUAAAGAGAGGGAGAGAGAGAGAGAGAAAGAGAAGGGGAGAGGGAGAGAGAGAGAGAGAGAUAGAGAUAGAGAGUGAACACUCUACCACCUUCUGCUUUCAACACUUUCGCAAGCCAACGAAAAUUCGUACGUACGUGAAUUUUCUUCGAAAAGAGAACGAAAAGAUUAAGAAAUAUUAUUAAUCGUGAUUUCGAUGUUUUCGUGAAUGUUUAAAAAAAAAAAAAAAAAACUCGCGAUAGUAGGGCCAUGCAAGUGAUUCGUUCGAAUUAAAUGACGUUUUCUUCUUCUACUUUUUCUUCUACAUUCUUUCUUGUUUUUCUUAUUUAUUAUAUAUAUAUAUAUUUUUUUUUUCUUUUUCUUAUUCUAUUUUCCUUUUUUGCUUCCUCCUCCACGUUCUAUGGCUAUCUUAUCGGGGAUAUCACGUAAUCAAUGUAACUUAAUUAAUAACGUUACGUAAGAUGAGUGAUUAAGAAGGAUACUCGGAUGAGAUUUUAUUUCGUCGUUCGUUUUGAAUAUCGAUUUUGAAGAAUGAGAUUUCAGAGUGAUUACGAUCGAACGGACUGACGAUGACGACGAUGAUGAUAAUGAUGAUAAUGACGAUGACAACGAUGAUGAUUCUUCUUAUCAUCGAUAAUCGAUUGUUUCGAUAAGAUUAUUAUUUAAUCGUACGAUCGAUAUAUUAGAAUCGAUCUCGUUAAUUAGACAUUGAAAAUUCUUUAUUUUUGACGUUUCAAUUGAUUUAUUAAGUAUAAAAAGAAAAGAAAAGAAAAGAAAAGAGAAAAAAGAGAAAAGAGAAGGACAACGAAUAUUUAUCGAAUCAUUCGUAAAAAUUCGUGAUUAAAACGGAGAAUGGAUGGAAGGUCAUGGGCACCAUGCAGAGAAGAGAAAAGGGACGUGGACGAAGGGACGAAAAGGGAAACGACGACGACGACGACGACGAUGACGACGACGACGACGACGACGACGACGACGACGACGACGAAGAAGAAGAAGAAGAAGAAGUUCUUGCGUUGCGAAAGCACGUGACUUCACAAGAACAAAAUUAGCAUAAGCCGAAAGAUAGAAAGAGAGAGAGUUAGAAAGAGAUGAGUCUGUCGGCCUCGAAAACUCGAAUUCUCAGAAAAGCGCUCUGCUCGUUGACAAUAACUAUCUCGGGGGCAACAAUAAAGUUUGCUGGUUUUUGCGAAAACGUGUUUCAGUAACUGAGUUGCGGCUAAUAAAACGUCUCACUGUGCGGAAAUGCACUAUUACGAUUUUCUCCUUGCCUUCUUACCGAGAGAAACAUGCAAAACGGUCAAAACGAUAUAAAGAAAUUGCGAAGGGAGAACGAGCAGCUGCGAAGAGAGAUAUGGAGCCUACGGGACGAGUACGAUAAGCUCGAGGAGAUAUUGAAGAGACAAAAGAAUCAACCUGAAAGCGACGAAUCCGAGGAUCGCUCAGAAGAGGAUGACGAUGAGGAGCUGCAUUCGGAUUAUUCCGAUGAGAACGUGCACGAGGAAGAACCUAUGGGAACCAGUGAUGAAAAAGAAAGGAGAACGCGUUUACGCGAUCGUGAGGAACAAUUAGAGAACGUGGAAAAUCAAAAAAUAUCGACGGAAAAGAUGAACGGUAACAAUAAUAAUUUGUUGCACCGUUUGCACGUUGAUUUCGAUGAUCUAUCGGUGGUAGACGAGGAAGAAGAAUUGAAAAAGGAUAAGGAUAGAAAAUAUGAACCUACUGCGAUUACCACAAACGAGGAAAAUCAAAGAAAACCGAACGUAAGAUUGUUCGAUACAAUUAGAAAACUUCACGACAAUAUACCAUUUUAUCCAGGAACCUACGACUCUUGUCAAGGUUAUACAGAACCGAAUUAUUUUGGAGAUUGUCCGUUCAAGUGUCCAAACACGAUCGUCGAUCCAUCGAUAUCCGGUAAUAACGUAUCAACAGUUAUACCUUUCCCUUGUCCAAACCUUUACGCGGAUCCAUUGAUACCACUUAGCAAUCUGGAUUCACCGUUAUUAAAUCCGAUGAACGAUAAUAAUCUAUCGGAUAUCCAGGUCGUUCCACCAAUCGGUUGGCAAAACAAUUUGUUAGUUUCGGAAACUAAGCAAUUGUCAAGUUACACCGGUAUAUCAAAUUCAAAUAUAGGAAUUACGGAUUUCGAAAGAAGGACCUCUCAAUUGGUUACCAACAAUGGCCAAAGUAUGGUUAACAGUUCGAAUCUGAUAAGAGAUAGGAGACACUUGGAUUCUAUGGAAAUUCAAGGUAAACAAUUUCCUUCGAGAUUGUUUGACAUUGAUUCGCAUUCGUAUGUUCCCAGACAAGAGAUUGAUUCGAGUAACGUAUGGGAUGAUGACAUCGAUGAACAAUCGAUCGAACAAAAUUUGGAGGACGAUGAAAGAAGAAUAAUCAAUGAUCGUAAUGUCGAGAACGAAGAGAAAGAUACCGAAGAGACUUAUUCGUACGGUGUUGUGGAGAAACGAAAACAUUUUUUCGCUCCGUUGGCAACAUUGAAACCAAAGAAAUUACUAGACGAGGAUUCACCAAAUGUCUGCGGUAAUAAUUAUUACUUUGGUACUGGUAACAGUUCGAGUAGUGGUAAAACAGGAUCCACAGUUAUAUGUGGUAACAAUAAUAAUCAAUUGUUAGGACUACGAAAGGGUUCGGUUGAUGUUUGCGUUAACGGUGCUGUCUCAUAUGGGAAUAAUUUCGUUCAGACGAGCAAGGACGAUUUACAAAGAACUUACCUCAGUACGGAGAAUCUCUCCGUGAUGAAAUCGAUACCGAUCAAUCAACUGACCAAGUCGAUGUCUUGUCAGGAUUUAACGAGCGACAAUCAAAAUAUUAUAAGGACCAACAAUAAUAACGAGAUUGGACAGACGAUGAUAACGACCAAGAGCGACAAUACAUUGGACAAUUUUAAUAACGUCGACAAUUCGACGACUAAGGCAUACAAAUCGCAUUUAAACGUGACUUUAAAGAUACCUCGUUUUAAGGAACCAGAGAUAACUGUUAAUACACCCGAGAUUCCGCAGUUACCAACUUUGGAUUAUAGAAUUCUAACGAAUCCAUUUCUACGAACGAAUAUCGAACGAAUCGGUCUCGAGUGUCCCGAACGAGAUUCUCCAUUAACCAAACCACUUUCAGUUCAAAUAAGUGAAAACAAUAUGAAUUACAAUUAUCCGGGUUCGCCGUUAUCGUCGUUACCGCCUCCUCCGCAACCACCACCCCCACCUCCGCCACCUCCACCACCACCACCACCACCGCCUCUGCCACCUCCAACGAGUUUUGUUCGAGGACUACGACCUAGCGAGAGAUAUCGCAGAAGGCAAGGAAACAUUACGACAGCCGUUGAUCAGAAUAAUCGUUUGUUGAUUCCAACCGAUCAACUGAUCGUUAAAAAAAGUCUUCCUUCGUCGGCGCAAGACUUUCAAGUGACAUCUUUUGAAAGACCAAGUCCUCAUACGCUAUUACCAUCUUCUAUGCCGUAUGACCUUGAAACCUUACGAAGAAUAAACGCUACGCGUUAUAUGCACAAUCAGAAUCAGAAUCUUUAUCAGAACGUACCGUUCGUACCGGGCGGAGCAGCACCAACCGGUCACGUUUGUCAUAACAUCAGAAUGUAUUACGAUCAGAUUAAAAACAAGGUACAAGCUCAAACGCAAACCUCCAUCGAUGGUGACUCACAUGUUGAGGACGAACAGAUUCAAUGUUCUCGUCAGGACGAUGACAACGUUAGUUUACCGAACACGCCGAGCGUAAUCAGACGAAACAAACGUGCGAUAAAGAAGGACAAACUUUUAAUUAAACAAUCUAUAUCGCCACACGCUCAAAGGAAAUUGAAAAAACAGAGCAGCGUUACGUCGACCGAAACGAUGCCGGAUUCACCUGAUAAAUCGGUUAGAGGUCAAAGGACAAGGAAACUCAGCGUUACUACUACAACGACGUCUGAUGCUCUUGAGGAUAAGAACGAAAGUAGAUCGUCAUCCUCCGGGCAAGAUUCACCAAGGAAAGAUCAAAUAAGACGAGUAUCCUCUUAUUUCAAUCCUAAGAAACGGCCAUCCGUAACGUCGAUAAAAACAACCAGAAGCGGUAGUUUGGAAACCACGAGGGAAAAAUAUUCUGACGGUUUGACAACCGCCAAUUCGGAUAAGGAAAUGAUGAACUCUGGUAAUAUCAGGGACAGUUUAGUUAAAUCGAGAAAGGGUAGCACCAGUAGUGGAAAUGUACCAUGGUGUGCAUGUUGGGGUAACGGUUGCAUUUGAUUUCCAUUUGAGUUACCACAUUUGCGGUUACUGUUCUUUUCGUUAUUAUUGUUGUUGUUUUUGUUGCUGUUGUUGUUGUUGUUGUUGUUAGGGUACAAUUCAAGGGAUAUUAACCCUUUACGCUCGAAACCAUCUCGGAAAUUACCUAUCUACCAGCAAUUUAGAAGCACUUUGUUGCGAAAACGUGGACUCCUAGGACUCGCGUCAUAUUGUAUAGUAUAGCUUUGGAAUCAAGUAAUAUAUUAUAAUGAUAUUUCAUUUAUAUAAGUUUGCGGACAUUGAGGGAUAUAUUCUUUUGCAAAAAACAAAAAAAAAACAAAAAUCAAAA